CAAAAAACCAAAAAUCUAAUCUUAAGUAUAAACACAAAAUCCAAUAUGUCUUCCACAUGAAAUCGCUACCUCUAGUGAUAUUAAGUCUUCCAGAAGUUAUUAGUGUUAGGAUUUAGUUAAGUGUGACCAGCCGUCUGGUCGAAAGGUGAUAAUAAUCCUUUGCUUCCAAAAGUAUUAAUUAAUUUAAAUAUAAGUAUAUACACAAAACAUGUUUUACGGGCCGCGUAAUCGUUACAAUACCGACGAGAGAAUUAUUUUCGAGAGGUUGUGGCGCGGCGCGCUUUGCCAGGCGCUAGGCAAAAGACAAGCUCCUGCCGCGUUAAUGCCUUUGGCCACUCCGAGGUACAGCAGAAAGGAGUGUUGUUGUCAUUGCCACUGUGAGACCAGCAACAACCCAAACAACCCACCACGUCAACACCAACAACAACAUGCUGUGCAACAGUAUUACAAUAAUGCCAACCCAAGGAAAACGUUAAGAUCCGUCGUGAGUGUUACCGAAACUCAUCAGGUGGCCGAGGCACAGCAAGAAAAGAAUCAACGGCUAAGAGAGGCGUUCGGCAUUUCAGAGUAUUUCGUAGAUGGCAGCAGCUUCGAUCCAAAUCGCGAAGCCAAGGAAAAACUGGCAAAAACCGAGGCCAUAGCUGAGAAAGAAAAGCAAUUGGCUCUUGAUAAAGAAAACGAAAAAGGUGGCGCUGACAGGUAUCAGUUGGUGCACACGCCAAGUCCGGAACCAGAAAAGUCUGUCGAUAAGCCUGCUAAGAAAAAGAAAAGAAAGCAUAAAGAAAGUUCCUCAAGUGAUGAACCAAAAAAGAAAAAGAAGAAAUCCAAAAAACGAAAAGAAAGAUCUGGUAAAUCCAAGGACAAAAAGAAGAAACGUAAGCGCCAUUCUUCGGUUUCCUCCGAGUCCGACAGUUCCGAUGGUGAAGAUUCUUCAAGCGAAGAAGACAAAAAGAAGAAACGGCUAAAAAAGAAAGAGAAAAAGAAAAGUCCCAAAAAGAAACGCCAUUCUUCUACUGAUAGCGAACGCGACAGUUCACCUGAGUCAAAGAAAAAGUCCCGCAAAGAAAAGGAAAAAGAAAAAAGCAACAAACCGAAAAAGGAUAAACACAAGGGUAAAGAUAAAGAUAAGAAAGACAGAAACAGAUCUCCAUCAAUUGAAGAAUCCUACAAACGAACUGAGUCAAGAAAAAGUAGGUCUCCCCGUAGACGAUCCAGAGAAAGGGAUCAACAAAGAAGUAAAUCUAGCAAGUAUGAAGAAAAGGUUGGUAGAAAAUCUAGGAGUUCAAAUGAUAAAAAGAGGCAAACCCCGGAAACAUUUGACAACAAGAGAAAGACAUCUGAAGUAAGAAAAUCUAGAUCUAAUUCAAGAGAGUACAAAUCUAAGCCCAGAUAUAGAUCCAGAUCGAAUUCUUUGGAUAAUAAGUGGAAAAAGAAUAGGGAUAGAGAGUCAAGAUCUAGAGAAGUUAAAUCUAGAAGAGAUAGAUCUAGAUCUUUGGAAAAACGAAAUCGUUCAAAAUCGCUAGAAAAAGUCGAUAGAAAUAACAGAGAAAAACGUCGAAGAUCCAAUACUCCUGAAACAAGAAAAGUCAGUACGUCGCCUCUGUCAAAACGAAAGCGUUCCGUUUCGCCAAAUCGCAAACACAAAGAGAAGAAUGACAUUAAAUAUGGUUAUACGGAUAGAAGCAGGAGUAGAAGUUAUGUUGAUUACGAGAAAAGGAGGGAAACGAAAAAGCCUUCGCCGAAUCGUACUGUUUCCAAAGAAGCACCAAAAUCAUCUAAACCUUAUCGAUCCAAGAGCAGAAGCAGGUCCCGUAAGCGUUCUGCAUCACCCAAAUACCCUAGAGGUGUCGUAGAAGACUCUAGACAGAGAGACCAAAAGCCUGUAAGAUCUAGAGAAGAAGAAUCUAGUUUCAGAAAUCGUAGGUCUAUUUCACCGCCUCGAAGACAACCUCCACUUCAGUACAAGAACCGCGAGGAAAGUAGAGAAAGAAGAAGUCACAGUAUUUCCAAGAGAAACAAAAGUCCUCCAGAGAAAACAUCGAAAACAAGAAGAUCCAAAUCCCGCAGCCCAACGCCAGAAAAAAUAAAAAGAGCCGAAAAGUCUCCAAAGAAGCCAGUGCCAGUGGUACGACUAAGAAUAGCAUCUUCAAGCGAAGGUGAACUACCAGAUAGAGAAUUUGAAAAGGACUUGGUCAUGGAUGAGAAGGAGAUGAGGACUUUGCGUCUUCUUAAAUCUGGAUUAGCAGCAAAAGCAAGGGACAGUCUUGAAAAGAAGAAAAGCAUUGUUAUUAAACCAGUUAGUCCUAAAAAGAUACAACCCGACGAUUUUGACAUUAAGGUUCUCCCUUUAAAAAAAGACGAGAGAAGCGUUCCACAAAAAACCAUAAAUAAGGAUGAUUUUGAUAUUUCAAAAAUAAAAAACGGAAAAGGUGCAACCAGAAGCGAGUCAAGAUCUCUAUCGAAGGAGAAGAAGCCAAUACCUAGGAGAACCAGAACUAGAAGCAGGAGUUACUCUCGUUCUAGCAGAAGCAGAAGCAGAAGCCGGUCAUCAUCCAGUAGCCGUCGGUCUAGGUCGAGCAGAUCUAGAUCAGUCAGUAGGUCCCGUAGCAGAUCGUCAUCCAGCAGUAGUUCAUCAUCUUCGUCAUCCAAUUCUUCUAGAUCGCGAUCCCCGUCUAUUCCUAGAAGGCAUGGAUCCCCCAGCUUCUUAGACAGAAGAAGAAUUACCAGCGCAAGAAAAAGACCCAUACCUUACCACAGACAGACUCCAAGUUCUCCAUCUUCAGUAAGCAGCUAUAGUGACAGUAGUCCGUGGUAUGCCCGAAAGAGGUCGAUUACCCGAUCUGUAACGCCAUCUAGGUCUUCAAGAUCACCCUCUCGUUCACUAGACCAAAAAUCUCCCUAGCAUAACAUUUACAAUUUGUUUCCAAAUCAAGUGCAAUAAAAUUAAUGCUUAAUUCAGGAAAAGGGGGUGAUUUGGUGAACAAUUCUUUGUUAAUAAAUAAAACAACUUUUUUACAACUUGAUCUAAGCCUAAUGCAAUCAAAAUAAUAUUUUUGUGUGACAUUACAUCUAGCAAUAUUAGGGCUUAAAGAUGAUAUUUCGAAGAAGUCACACUAAACAUUACA